CAUCCACAGCGAACGGAGAGACAAUAGUGCAACAGCAGUCGCUCUGUGAGACGGAUCCGCGCGAUGUGCACAAGAAUCAAUAUUAGUACAUCAAGGCUUUAAGAAAAUAACAGAGAGGGCAGCAGAAAAAAUACUGCUCCUGAUGUUCUGGUAGAUAACAUUGAUCACUACGGAAUGACAGCGGGGGUUUGCGCAUUAUUUGUUCCUUAAAAGAUUUCUAAAUCAACUGUUGUCGUGGUAACUGGUCUCUCCGUCUCUGGAAUAAUGAGCUCCUCGCCCCACAUGUCCCGUUCCUCCGUUGACAUCCUGGAAGAGCUGCAGCUUAUCACUGCUGAGAACCUGGAGAAGCUGGACUUUAAUAAGUACUAUGAGGUCAUCAGGGAGCUUGGCAAGGGCACCUAUGGCAAGGUGGACCUGGUCAUCCACAAGAUCAGAGGCACGAAAAUGGCCUUGAAAUUCUUGCGGAAGAAAACCACUAAGCUGAAGAGUUUCCUACGCGAGUACAGCAUCUCUCUCUACCUGUCACCUUGUCCUUUCAUCAUCAACAUGUUUGGCAUUGCCUUCGAAACUGAUGAAUACUACAUCUUCGCUCAAGAGUAUGCACUGGCAGGCGAUCUCUUUGACAUCAUUCCUCCUCAGGUUGGACUGCCGGAGAACGUUGCCAAGCGGUGUGUGCACCAGGUGGCGAUUGCACUGGAUUACAUGCACUGCAAGAAGCUGGUGCAUCGUGACAUAAAGCCGGAGAACGUCCUCAUCUUUGAUAAGGAGUGCCGGAAGGUGAAACUGUCAGACUUUGGCAUGACGCGGUGCGCUGGCUCUCCAGUGAAGCGGGUGAGCGGAACCAUCCCGUACACGGCUCCAGAACUGUGCGACCCCAGCCGGCAAGAGGGCCUGUGUGUAGACUACAGCACUGAUGUGUGGGCCUUCGGUGUACUUCUGUUCUGCAUGCUCACUGGGAAUUUCCCCUGGGAAAAAGCACUCCCGACUGAUGCUUUCUACGAGGAGUUUGUGCACUGGCAGCAUCGGCGGAGGCGAGCCAGCGCGGUGCCUUCACAGUGGCGUCGUUUCACUGAUGAGGCGCUCCGCAUGUUCCGCUGCCUGCUGGCCAUCGAGCAGGACCGCCGAUGCUCUGUCAAAGAGGUCUUCAGCUACUUCAACCAUUGCUGGAUGCUCGACACGGAGAACGGCAACACCAGCCAUGUCUUGGGCGGUAACAGCAACAGCGGGACAGUGAUGAAUGGCCGUCCGGCUGAGCUUAGCUCUUCUUCCUCAGAAGAAGAUGAGUUGGUGGACCGUUUGAAGCAGCAGAGCUUGUCGCCUGUGUAUGGGGUGACUAAAGGAGGCAUCAUCAUGGAGCCAGUGAUGGCGCACUACUCCUCUACAUCCUCAAACAGCCCUGUUUCCUCCACUGGUGGCUACGAGCGCGUCUCCCGGGACAACAAUGGCAACAAUGGCCGCAUCCUGGUCACAACACCUAUUGAAAUAUGUGUGUAGACAGGUCACUGGCUUUAACCUACCUUGCUCAUAAACUUGGGAUGACUAGAUGACAAUAAGGACACAAGUCCUUAGCGUCAAAGGAAAAAAGUUAGUCUCUGAUGCACAAGUGCUCAGCAUCCCAAGAAGAGCGGACAGCUUGAAACCCUUCCUGAUGACGAGUAUCUCUGAGGGAGUGUAAGACCGUCACCAAAGUCUGCAGACUGUGCACGUUUUCCACGUAUAAUUAGACCAAAAUGAAAGCAGUUUACAUUGGAAACUUUAGAAGAAUAGAAAGAAAGAGAAAAACUCUUGUGUGAAAAUAUGAAGCAAUAUGUUGAUUUCUUAGUGAAAACGUGAUUAAGUCAAAAAAGGAACAUGGAGAAAAAAAUAACAAUGUGGAGAUUCACGUGGUUUCAGGAGCACAGUAGGAACUGCAUUGGUAUUGUUUUGUGCUUGUGUAUCCCUGUGGUCAGUGGAUAAAAAAAUUGGAAGCUUACUGGAUACUUUAUAAGUGUGUUGUAUUAUUAAUUUUGGUCUUGACCUUUUUGUUAUUUAUUUAGUAUUGUAGCAUUACAAUGUUCAAUUAUAAUUUGCAGAGGAUCUGCAUUGUCAAAUCUCAGUUUAGUCACCAUUAAACCAAAAGUGGCAAGAACAGAUUUCAGACGACUGUUACGGAGGUUUGAAUGGUAUACUGAAAAUCUCUCUUCUCUUAAGUAACAUAUAGAUGCAGUUCAUAUACAGUGAGCAAUUCCUUUCUGUCAAUACUUGGUCAAUCUUCCAUUCUUCACAGGGCUGUGGGUGUACCACAAAAUACAAGCGUGAUUUAGACAUGAUGAACACUUCAAAAACCAUUCGGCUACUGUGUGUUCAUAUAUUCAUACAGUACUGAAGUACUUUACAUUAUUUCCUCUUUUACGUUCUUUCUGAGCAUCAUGGAUGGAGUCCUGAUAGCACACGUAUGUCACUGAAACAUCUAGAAGAUGUCAGUUUUGGAGUCUCUUAGAGAAGCUCCUGUUGGAUGUUAGAAUGCUAUUCAGCCACUGUUUUUUGCGAUGUGAGAUUUAGAUGUUUAUAUAUGAAUUUGCUUUUUUUUUUAAGUCAAUCAGAUGUUUGUAGACAAAAUGUGAUGCUUAAAAGAGCAUGUUAUGCUUUUCAGAUUUGCAGUGUUCUCUUUCAUAGAUGUCUUGUUGACGUACAUGAGAUUACUGAGUGAAGUUUAAGGAUUUCUCAGGUAUACCAUUCAUUGUGUCAACAUGAAAUCAGAAUUUACUCUAUUUACUUUCUUUAUACACAUUCCCAAUCUUACUGUGCACUUACCUGUGCACAUUAUUCAACAUAUAAAAAGAGUUUUCUUCAUCAAGUAUUAACUAAGAUUUCUGCCACUAAACUGAUUUUGUUGUUUGAUGACAGACAAAUACCUCUUACUUUCAAACCCUCUCAUUCAACCAUCUGACUAUGAAACAGACAUUUGUAAAAUUUAGCCUACCGCCCACUUCUGAUUUUUUUUUUUUUCUCAGAGUAUCCUGUUUUAAAAUGUCAAAUUAUGGUUAUUAUUAGUCAAAUUAUUUCUAACACCAUUUCAUGUUGUCUUUAACACCUCAUUUGUUACUUGAGGCAUAGGAAGGAUCUGUUAAAUGAAAAUGUCAUAUUCAUGUGUUAUAACCAAUGGGGCAUUUAUGUCUAAAAGAAAUGUGCUGCUUUAGUCCAAAAAAUGAAGGUUCAGCUGUAUAUCUGUAUAAGAUCUUUUAUUUGGAUCAUUAAUUACAUAUAAAAAAAUGUUACCAGCUGCUAAACCUGGUAUACUUUGUGUUUAGAUUCAUUCAAAUUCCAGUAAAGUGAAAAGUCUUGCGCAAGUUUUUCAACUUUUUGUUUAAUAUUUACAGAUUUUUUUAUGAUAUUUGUUCGAUUUCAUACUCUUGUUUGAAGAAAGCUAGCAAAACAAGUUAAUUUGUUGGAUCUUGUUGGAUGUUAUUAAAAUGCAAAAAUAAAAGUGUUGACAAUGUUUGAAAGGGCAUUUUGCAAAACUAGACCAAUGUAAGGAGAUCUGUGCUACUUUUUAGGAUUGUGACAAUUAUUGUGCAGUGAUAAUUUAAAUUAUCACAAGUUUGCAUAACAUUAUAAAAGUUACAGUGGAGUCAAAAAAAGGUUUUAAGUUUUUUUAAUUCUUCAUGUGUGGAACAUGGACCUUAUAUGGCCAGCCAGCAGUGAUGAGGCAGUACAAAACACUGAUGCGCUCACAGACAAAACCACGAAGAAGCUGAAAGACAUUUUAACCCUGCAAAAUGUAUGAAGUCAAAUGUGAAAAUCUUUCAUUUAUUUUUUAUUUUUUUCCAGAAAUAUUUGCAUGAAUCAACAUUGCUCUGGAGAAACACUGUAUAAAUAAACACUAAAAGUAUUGAACGGA